CUGACUUGCUGGCUGAAGGCUCGACUUCCACACUCCAAUUGUGCAAAGUCAUACUUGCACCGCUCGGUACGAGUUCCGCUCUAUCAAAUAUUACCCUGGUAUCAUGUGUCAUAUGUUGCGAAGUAAAAAUGCAUCGUUGUCACAGCAGUGUUGAAUUCACACUGACGAACCGAGGCGUUAAACUUUGUUACCACAAAGCGACCCGUGUUCACGCCGCUGAGGGCUUCGGCGCGACAUGUAACGUGAAAUGAUCCUUCGGCCCCGAGCUUCAGGCUCAGUGAGCAGCGGGAAUCUGGGUUUGUUUAGCUUGCCUAGAUUCCCCCGAAAGCCUGUUUCAUCACAGGCUGGAGAGACGGGGCGGACUCACUUCUCUGCACGAAGACCUGGACAAACGGGUCCGAAUUAUGUCGUCCCGUUGAGACGCUCCGUUGACGGUCGAGAGAGAAUCCCCGUGAACAAAGCUUCGUGGUACCAGCUUGUCCUUGGAGGCAGGAGGUAAAGUAAUGUGUCAUUAAGGCUGAGCUUGAAUUGCAGUUCCGAUGUUUUUUUAGUUUUUUUUAUUCCUAAUGAACUGAUGCUGCAAAUACAGAUGUAAUAGUGGACUGCUGUAAUGUGAAACAUUGAGUUGGCAUGCGGUGUAGAAUACGAUGAAUAAUGAAGUCCCUGAAAUACAAAGUAAUCAGCUUUUCUAUUAUCUUGACUUUGAAAAGAAGAAGUAUAAUACAACUGUGUUCCUCCUCGAUGAAACACAAGUGUGUGUAUAUCCAUGUGAUCUGUAAUGUAACAAUAUGCCUAAGCACGGAGCAUGCAGUGCUAUGGACCCUGGACUUUCUUUUUUUUUAGGAUGGCUAUAAAUGCUGUGCUGAAUGUCCACAGGCGAUGACACAGCCCAAUAAAUGUGCUGAGAGCUGUGGAUGUGGCCUUAAAAAAGUCACACCACCAUUUACAGUAAUUUACACCGAUCAGCAUCCACCCGUCUGCCACACAUGUGGACUUCGAUCGAGCGCAGUUGGUUAGAACAUACCAUGUGCACCGGCUCGCGGGGGUGGUCGCGGUGUCCGAGACGGGAAACACAGAGAGCAUUGUUGGACGUGAACGCGCCUCUCUGGUUUGGGAUCCGCACGCAGCGCGUCGCCGAUUCCGUGGAAGUGUGACGCGCGUGUUCAGGGACAACGGAGCCGAGGUGCGUGUCUCUGCCAGAACCAGCGAUGGCCGACCAGCUUCCUCCGCAGCCAGCAGACGCGCUGCUGAAUAAACUCAGCGAGAAAUUAUCCACCAAGGACGGCCUGCACGCCAGGGGACAGUGGGCGAGCAAGGCCGAGUUCCUCCUGGCCGUGGCGGGGCAGAUCAUCGGCCUGGGCAACGUCUGGAGGUUCCCCUACCUCUGCUACAAGAACGGAGGAGGUGUGUUCUUCAUACCCUACCUGUUGUUCCUGGUGCUGUGCGGCAUCCCCCUGUUCCUCAUGGAGACAUCGCUGGGACAGUACACCAGCCUGGGAGGAGUCAGCGCCUGGAAGACCAUCUGUCCAUUAUUUGGAGGACUCGGCUAUGCCAGCCAGGUGAUGAUCCUGCACGGCUGCGUGUACUACAUCGUCAUCCUGGCCUGGGCUCUCUUCUACCUGUCCUACAGCUUCCAGGCGGUGCUGCCCUGGUCGCACUGUAACAACACGUGGAACACGGAGGCGUGUGUCCUGUUUGACCACGGCAACCAGACGGCCAAUGGGAGCGGCCUGCCUGAGAACGCCACCUCCCCCGUCAUUGAGUUUUGGGAGCGCGAGGUGCUCCGUCUCUCCAGCAGUUUAGACGAGCUGGGCCCGAUCAGCUGGAAGCUGGCGCUGUGCCUCGCCACCGUCUGGAUCGUGUGUUACUUCUGUGUCUGGAAGGGAGUGAAGUCCACCGGAAAGGUGGUGUACCUGACGGCCACCUUCCCGUACGUGAUGCUGUUCGUGCUGCUGGUGCGCGGCGCCUCCCUCCCCGGAGCGACCCAGGGCAUCAUCUACUACCUCAAGCCCAACCACACCCGCCUGGCAGACCCGCAGGUAUGGAUGGAUGCAGGCACUCAGGUUUUCUUCUCUUUUGGAAUCGGUUUGGGAAGCCUCACCGCCCUCGGCAGUUACAACAAAUACAACAACGACUGCUACAAGGACUCCUUCCUUCUGUGCCUCCUGAACAGCGCCACCAGUUUCCUGGCGGGCUUCGCCAUCUUCUCGGUGCUGGGCUUCAUGGCCGAAGAGCAGGGCGUGGACAUCGCCACCGUGGUGCAGUCAGGGCCCGGCCUGGCCUUCAUUGCGUUCCCGAGAGCCGUCGCCAUGAUGCCCAUCCCCCAGCUCUGGGCCGUCUGCUUCUUCCUCAUGAUCAUCAUGCUGGGGCUGGACACACAGUUCGUGAGUCUGGAGGCCCUGAUGACGUCGCUGACUGACCUGUACCCUCACCUGAUUCGCCGAGGCCACCGCAGGGAGCUGGUGCUGCUCUUCGUCUGCGUCGCCUGCUUCCUGGUGGGACUGGUGAUGGUCACGCCGGGCGGUCUGCACGUGUUCCAGAUCUACGACCAUUACUCAUGCAGCGGAGCCAGCCUGCUGCUUCUCUCCAUCUUCCAGUCCGUCGCCAUCGGCUGGGUCUACGGAGCCGAUCGCUUCAAUGCCAACAUCAGGGACAUGACCGGCUACAGCCCGCUGCCCGUCUUCAAGCUGUGCUGGAAAUACUUGACCCCGGCCGUGUGCACUGCGACCUUCGUGUUCUCCCUGGUGAGCUGGUCUCCGUUGGCCCUGGAGAAGGGCCUGGUGGCUCCGCUGUGGGCCACCACGCUGGGCUGGAUGCUCACGUUCUCCUCCGUCUCCCUGCUGCCCAUCUGGGCCGUCUACGCCCUGGCCACCACCCCGGGAACCCUGCCGCAGCGCUUCAAACGCCUCUGCAGCCCGGCCAAAGGCCCGUCACCGGCGCUGCCCCUCACCGAGAAGCCGAAGGAGCGGAACACGGACACCAUCCGGGAUCGUAUGACCCAAUGACGGCCGUGUGGGAGGCCGGGCCGUCUCACUCGGGGAGGAGGGGGCGGCUGACCGCAGCCCAUCCUCCGGUUACCGCUUACUUCACUUCUCAAGCACUCGAUCUUCUUCACCUCCUCUGCUUAAAGUCUUUUCCUUCAUGCAGUAGUUGAGUCACUGUACUCGUGAAUCGUGUGAUAACAGCGCCUGUAGCCAUCCGAGGCUCAGGGCGCAGCUAAAUGACAACACUAAAAAGAAGUGUAAGUUGGCUCCUCCCCUUUCCUCUCUAUGAGAGGUCGCUGCACGCUUCGCAUUGACUCCACUGAACAUGUUUCGACUGCCGCUGUCCUCUGAUGACUCGGCCACGUUUUAGACAGUGAUUUGUCUGGACGUGUGUGUGUGUGUGUGUGUGUGGUCUUACCCUCAGACCAUGUAAUGCCAGAAAUUAAAUUGGCCAAACAACAUUUGUUUUUUUUGCCAAGGCAAAGGAUGGAGAAUGUAUUGAAAUGUGUGCUAACUGUUUUGAUUUGUUAUACUCAUCUGAAUGUAGGCAGCAGAGUUGUUGUUGUUGUGAGCCUCUGUCUCAAAUGCACACAUUUGAAGUGCAGUUAUUGCUAAAGUGAAGAGAAUCUGUUUCCACUGUAGAGUAAAUAACCACUACAUCAAGCUGGGAAACAAGCACAGUGUCUGAAUCAGCAUGUUUUAGUCCAAUAUUGAAAUAUUUCUGUGUUGACCAGUUUGAAAUUAUUAUUUUCUUAUUCCGGUCCUGAAACUGAAAUUGUUCAAGAAUGUUUUUGUCUGAGCAGAGGACAUGGCGCUGUCUUUCACUGUCACACCGUCAUGGCCUCUAGCACCAGAAGGAUAAAUGUCUUGGGUGAGCGUGGGCGGUGAACGUGUGUGUCGAGAAAUAUCUCCUUUUAACAAACUUUAAACUGCUGUUUUUCUCUUGCACUGCCAUUCGGACCUGGAUCCGGUGUUUGAUUGGAUGCUCCUCUGAGAUUAAUUUAGAGCCCAUCUGUACACACGUGCCUCGUUUCUUUUCUCUAUGUACAAUCAUUUUUCUUUUCUUUUUUUAUACAUAUAAAUAUUUAUAUUUA